AUGAAGAAGAAUAUUCUUGUAUAUUUCUAUAUACUAUGCCACGUUACUGGUGCAGUCAAUAUAAGGCAGACUGCUGGUGAAGAUGCCCAGCUGAGCCCUGAACCCAGCAGUGGCACAAUUCCAAAUACCGCCGAGGAUACAACUGCCUUGCUCAAUAAUAUGAUUGACACUGGGCCUUUGGAUGAAUCAAGCUGUGUAUAUGCAAACAGCUCAGUCAACCCAGUUUGCAUAGAGAAACUCAACACUUCGGAACCACUUCUAGCCCAACCCAGCGAGAUACAAUUGCAAGAUAAAUCUUUGUUCUUGGAUAUCUUGAAUGCAACUGAUUCGGAAAGCCCAUUGGACGAAGCCACAACAGAGAUUGCACGUGUCGCCGGCCUUGAUAUCAAACACAUUGACAACCAAGCACAGAAUGAUGCUCAUGUAACCGACCUCACGAAUAUUACACUCCCAGAUCCUUCGCAUCUGCAAGGCAGAGAUUUGUCGGCCACAGAUUGGACGAGGGUUGCGGAAGCCAGGGCGCGUGAAAAACUUUACGUAAAUUUGGCCCGGCUUCUCCAGAUAUACAAUGCUCCAGCGAUAGUUGUUUCGAAUCUCAAUGGUCUUGGAGUGUGCGAUGAGAUGAACCGAUCAAUGAUUGAUACUUGCAAACAGGAUGUCAGAACGCAAGUUGCCAAUUGCAAGCAAAGAACCAGAGAUUCCAUUGCACAGUGCAAAGAUGACGUGGGAAGAAAAAUUGAUGCUUGCAAGAAGCGAUACUCCAAGUGGGACCCUCGGAAGCUUUCCUGUGAACCACAGAGGCCGAAACUUCUGACUGAGUGCGAAAUCAGGAGAUUGAAUGUACCAUUUUCCAAGUCUGCCACCAAAUCCUAUCUCUCCGGCCAGGUUGUUGGAAUUUUAAGUCAAAUCAAAACAGUGAGAGAGAUUCAACAAGGAACUGAGCUGGUUCAAAGACUUCAAAGGGCUCAGAGAGAUCAUCAAUCUUUUGCGCAAGGAGUCACGGCAGUGACUGAAGGCCGAAUCAAGGAUGCAGAGCAAAUGCUUGGUAUUUUCAGAUCUCAACUUCCAUCCCCGGUCAGCGAUACCGUUGAUUGGGGUAAUGCUGCCCAAGCCCUAACAAGCAAGAAGACCAAUGAGCUGCUAAAAGCUGCUUGUGGCGCAGUUGCCGAUAUUCAGGUGAUAUCGAAGGCCGUUGACCAGAUCGAAGAGUUGAAAGCAGUCCAGAGGAAUCUCCUCUCAAUCCAAUCGGCAGCAGGAAAGUGUACCUGGAAAACACAGCUUAACCCGGAGAAUUUUAGGGGAUUCAACUACCUGACGUCUGAAACACAGGUUAACGCGGCUGUGGUUGAGUACGAGCGGACCAUUGGGCUGGGCUGCGCGAGUUUGCGCAGUGUCGAGCCGUGUUUGAUCGGGUAA